UCUGAGGUGCAAAGAUGAGUCGGCGGUGGCCAGAGUCCCAGGUCCCACCUGACGAUGAGGUCAUGCCGUACAGUGACGAUGAGACGGAUGACGAACUGGAAGUCAGCUCCGAAGAGGAACCAGAUGCUCCUCCAGGAGUCCCUCCACCCCAAGAGGAACCUAAACCUAGCGAGAUGGGAUGGAAGGUGAAAGCCAACGACCGACCUUAUCACCACUUGCCGGAGUUUGAGAAAAAAGUCUUCUUGUGUAUCAAGAAGAGCAGAUACUCUGGAAACGCCAUCAAGACGUACAAGUACAACGUCCUCACCUUCAUCCCUCUGAAUCUGUACGAGCAGUUCAAGAGAGUUGCCAACCUUUACUUCCUGGCGCUGCUCAUCUUACAGAUUAUUCCAGAUAUCACUACUCUGCCCUGGUACACCACACUGAUUCCUCUGGUGGUGGUGCUGUCAAUCACCGCCAUCAAAGACCUGGUGGACGAUCUGGCGCGCCACAGGAUGGACAAGGAGAUCAACAACAGGAAGUCUGAAGUCCUGCUGGACGGCCGGUUUCAAGAGAUAAAGUGGAGUAACAUUCAGGUUGGAGAUGUGGUUCGCAUGAAGAAGAACGACUUUAUUCCGGCGGACAUCUUGCUGUUAUCCAGCUCCAACCCAAACAGUCUGUGCUAUGUGGAAACUGCUGAGCUCGACGGGUAAGACUCCACC